GAAGAAACACCAAGGUAGGUUGCCUAGGGAUCCUGAGGAAGCUGAUGUGUUAUUCCUUCUCUGCAUCGAAGGAUCAGGAAGUUUGUAAUCUCUGCGUGGCUGAGAAGUUUUUUUUACCUACUAGGACGUGGGGGAACAGGUGUCCCCCUAAAAUAGAGCGCAGGCUGCUGUUUGUGUCCGGCUGUAACCCAGGAGUAACGUCAGAAACAGCUGAGAAUGACCACUUUAACUCACCGGGCCCGUCGCACUGAAAUAGGCAAGAACUCUGAAAAGAAGGUGGAAAGUGAGGAAGACACUAAUCAAGACAGGAGUCCAGACAAUGAAGAUUCUGGUGACUCUAAGGAUAUUCGCCUCACACUUAUGGAAGAAGUAUUGCUCCUGGGACUAAAAGAUAAAGAGGGUUACACAUCUUUCUGGAAUGACUGCAUAUCAUCUGGCCUGCGAGGGGGUAUCCUGAUAGAGCUGGCAAUGCGGGGUCGAAUCUAUCUGGAACCCCCCACAAUGCGUAAGAAGCGACUACUGGACAGAAAGGUACUUCUAAAGUCAGAUAGCCCAACAGGGGAUGUUUUGCUGGAUGAAACUCUCAAACACAUCAAAGCAACUGAACCCACAGAAACCGUCCAGACGUGGAUAGAGCUACUCACAGGUGAGACAUGGAAUCCCUUCAAAUUACAGUACCAGCUGAGAAAUGUAAGAGAGCGAAUUGCAAAGAACCUAGUAGAAAAGGGUAUUCUAACCACUGAGAAGCAGAAUUUCCUCCUAUUUGACAUGACUACUCAUCCAGUGACCAAUACAACAGAGAAACAGCGACUAGUGAAAAAACUUCAAGAUAGUGUCCUAGAGCGGUGGGUAAAUGACCCUCAGCGUAUGGACAAGCGAACACUAGCACUCCUGGUGCUAGCCCACUCCUCUGACGUGCUAGAGAAUGUCUUCUCCUCUCUGACAGAUGACAAGUAUGAUGUGGCAAUGAAUCGAGCCAAGGACCUAGUAGAACUGGACCCCGAAGUGGAGGGGACAAAGCACAGUGCCACAGAGAUGAUCUGGGCUGUGCUGGCAGCCUUUAAUAAAUCCUAAAGCCAGUGGAUGGGUUUCUUCUUUUUCCCCUGCUGGCUGGUGACUGUCAGAGACACCACACUGAGUUUUGUGUGAUGAGAUGUUUUUCAUCAUUUCUUUUUUCCUUCUCUUGAAUGAGACUUGUGAUUUGGGGAUAGCAGCUUCAGCGCUUCUCCAUAAACUUUAGCCAUUGUAAACAUACUUUAUUUCUUCUUAUUUUUCCACUACAGAGGUGAAUAAACUAGGUCAAUCCACAUAUAUCCAAUAAUCAUUUUCUCUCAUUUCUUGGUUUACUUCCAUCAGUAUGCUUUUGGAUAAGCAGGAAUAUCUAAGUGGGAUUUGGAGUUCUCCGGUCAGAAAAUGUGAAUGAGAUCUAGAGCAAACCAUUUAUUAAAUCUUUUAAAGUUUGUU